AUGUCCUCACCAGUCUCCACACUCAGUCUAAUACUGGAAUCCGACAAUCCUUACAACACAAACAUGUACGAUGAAAAGGACGGACGAAUAUUAUACCAGGUCAUGACAGAACACCAACCAGAAAAGGUGACUAGAGUGAGGAAUGUUGACGGAGAAACCAUUGCGUCGUGGCACUGGAGAGAUCCCAAACCCGACAUCAUCAUCUUAGGCAAUGGGAAUCCGGUACCUCUAGGUACCUGGCUAAAAAAAAGCAUUAUGCCUUUCAAAGACGCCGUGACAUUUCAAGAUCAGAUAGGGCGGCACUUUAAAUGGAAAGGAUGGGGAACUGGUACAGCAGCUAGUACAUCUCUGGAGCUCUACUGUGAAGACGACAAGAAACACCCCAUCGCCCAUUUUGUCAAGUCAUAUUCAAUUUCUAGUAAUCAACUAGACGCCUGGAAUACUUCUAAUCAGCAGUGGGUACAAGCCAGGUUGUUGGUGGAUCGACGGGGACAAGAAAUCCUUGAUCUCGUCGUCAUAUCAUUUUUGGUUCUGGAAAAAGGUCGCCGGGCAGAGCUCUCAACCGGGCACAGGACUGACUCAUUCAUGGGCACACAUACAUGA